AAGUAUUCGUUCAACGGCAGUUAAAAUUUUGUGAUGAUGAUUUCACGACACAUUCCACAAAAGUACAUAUGUACUCUUUACCUACAUAUGCAGUCUUAUCUCUUUAAAAUGUUUAACUAGUUUAUUUUAGGAAAACCAAACCGCAGGCGAGUCGAAACUAGCACCGUCAGACAUGCAGACUGAGACAGAGAAAGAGGGUGAAACGUCUGUUGAAGAGUACGUUGCCCUGUCGAAAUUCACUGGAAGUAGCAGCGACCAGCUUUGUUUCAGUAGCGGGGACAGGCUGCUCGUGCACGCCAAGCCUUCAUCAGAGUGGUGGUGGGCAGAGUUGGAUGGGGUCAGAGGUUAUGUCCCUGCCAGCUACCUGCGCCAGGAUGCUGCUGCUGCUGCUGAGGAAGAGGAAGAUAACCACACCUCUCUGGAGGACCAAUGGCAGGAUGAGGAAUACUUCGGCAGUUAUGGGACACUGAGGCUUCACUUGGAGAUGUUGUCAGAUAAGAGCCGCACUGAGGCGUACCGGAAGGUUAUUGUCAGCAACAGCGCUUCCCUGAGGAGUAAGGUGGUAAUGGACCUUGGGUGUGGGACUGGCAUCAUCAGCCUGUUCUGCGCUCAGCUGGCACAACCCUCAGAGGUGUAUGCUGUGGAGGCGAGCUCCAUGGCCGAGUAUACCAGACAGCUGGUGAAGCAGAACGGUUGUGAGCGGGUGGUCACGGUGCUCCAGGGACGAGCUGAGGAGAUCGAGCUACCUAAGCAGGUGGACGUCCUGGUGUCUGAGUGGAUGGGAAACUGCCUGCUGUUUGAGUUCAUGGUAGAGUCAGUUCUGCUGGCCAGGGACCGCUGGCUUAAGGAAGGUGGCGUGAUGUGGCCCUCAACUGCGGCCCUUACCCUGGUGCCAUGUCAGGCCAACAGCUAUUAUGCAGAGAAGAUGACCUUCUGGGAGCAGCCCUAUGGCCUGGACUUCACUCCUCUUCAGCCCUUGGCACAGCAAGAGUUCUUUACCAGGCCAAAGUUCAACCAUGUCAUUGAACCUGAUGACUGCCUCACCGCUCCCUGUGAUGUCCUAUGGCUGGACAUGUACACUCUGCAAGUCAAAGACCUGGAGGAAAUAAAGGGUCAGUUUCAUUUUUGUGUGGAGAAGCCUGGUGUUUUCCAUGGAUUCACCUCCUGGUUCACUGUUCAUUUCGAGAGCUUAGAGAAGGGAGGUGCAACAGUGGAGCUAAACACCGGACCUAACUCACAGCCAACACACUGGAAGCAGACGCUGUUCAUGCUGGACAGGCCAGUUAGUGUGCAUGCAGGAGACUCUAUCAGAGGAACCAUUCUCCUGCGCAGGAACCCCUUCUGGAGACGCCACAUGACCAUUACCCUGCACUGGAGCAUUAACAGCUGCAAAAAGGAAACAGACAACUGCCAGGUUGGGACAAAGAGUUUCCCCAUGUGGAGGUGACAGAUGCUCCGUCAGCCAUGGAGAACCACAGGAAAACAGUCUAAUAAACCUUCUGUUGAGUUUAGGGUCAGUGAGGUAUCAGCGGUGAGCUGCUGCUGACUGGGAAUAAAGGUUAACGGGCCAAAGGAAACUCAUCUGACAGGACGUGUAGUCCCAAAAUGUUAAACUUGAUAACUAUAGGCCCAGGUGAUACAGCACACCGUGACCCAUGUUAUAAGGGCAGAUUUACAAAGACGUUAUAUGCAGAGUAGCAUUACUGUAACUUUGACUUGAAUGCUCAAUGGGCUAGGUGGAAUAAUAUUUUUUUUAGAAGACAAUGUUCAAUAAUUGAAACAAAAAACUGUUUUGAACAGAUAUUUGUGGUCUCAAGGUGCAACAAAUGGUUUAGUCCUCCACAAUGUUUUUUUUGUGUA